AAACCCUAAUGUUAACUGCUCCACUUCCUGCUUCCUUAUCUACUCAGAAAACCCAAAAACCCCUGUGAUUGUUUGGUCUUCUGGAUAUCCAGAAAAUGGCGUCUGCUAAUGCUCUCUCUUCAACUUCCAUUUUCUGCUGUCCCAAACAGGGUAGCGUGAGGGGAAGGCGUAAUCAGCAGCAAAGCCAAAGACUAAACUACAGGCAAUCAAACAGACGAUUUGCUGUGAGGGCAAAUGCAAAGGAAAUUGCCUUUGACCAGAGCUCAAGGGCCGCAAUGCAAGCUGGCAUUGACAAACUUGCUGAUGCGGUUGCCCUUACUCUUGGUCCUCGGGGGAGGAAUGUUGUUUUGGACGAAUUUGGAAGUCCUAAAGUUGUUAACGAUGGUGUAACAAUUGCUCGAGCAAUUGAGCUACCUGAUGCCAUGGAAAAUGCUGGUGCAGCUCUCAUUAGAGAGGUUGCAAGUAAAACUAAUGACUCUGCUGGUGAUGGGACAACUACUGCAUCUGUUAUUGCAAGGGAAAUAAUCAAACUUGGACUAUUAAGUGUCACUUCUGGUGCAAACCCAGUGUCAGUGAAGAGGGGAAUUGAUAAAACUGUACAAGGGUUAGUAGAAGAGCUGGAGAAGAGGGCCAGACCUGUCAAAGGCCGUGAUGACAUUAAAGCUGUUGCUUCUAUUUCUGCUGGAAAUGAUGAGCUUAUUGGAACAAUGGUUGCUGAUGCAAUUGACAAGGUCGGGCCUGAUGGAGUUUUAUCCAUUGAGUCAUCAUCUUCUUUUGAGACAACAGUUGAUGUUGAGGAAGGAAUGGAGAUUGACAGAGGCUAUAUUUCCCCUCAGUUUGUUACAAACCAAGAGAAAUUGAUUUGUGAAUUUGAGAAUGCAAGGGUGCUAGUCACAGAUCAGAAAAUUUCAGCCAUUAAGGACAUAAUUCCCUUGUUAGAGAAGACAACUCAACUGAGAGCUCCUUUGCUUAUAAUUGCUGAGGAUGUUACUGGGGAGGCUUUGGCUACUCUUGUGGUGAACAAACUGCGAGGUAUCCUCAAUGUUGCUGCCAUUAAAGCUCCUAGUUUUGCAGCGUGGAGAAAGGCUGUUCUUCAGGAUAUUGCCAUCGUGACUGGGGCUGAAUUCCAAGCUAGUGAUUUGGGUUUGCACGUAGAGAAUGCAGCAAUCGAGCAGCUUGGUAUAGCCAGGAAGGUUACCAUUACCAAAGACUCUACCACCCUAAUUGCUGAUGCAGCCUCAAAGGAUGAGCUGCAAGCUAGGAUUGCCCAACUCAAGAAGGAGUUAGCUGAGACAGACUCUGUUUAUGACACACAGAAACUGGCUGAGAGAAUUGCAAAAUUGUCUGGUGGUGUUGCUGUUAUUAAAGUUGGAGCUGCUACUGAAACUGAGCUCGAGGAUCGCAAGCUUCGCAUUGAAGACGCUAAGAAUGCUACUUUUGCUGCCAUAGAGGAAGGGAUCGUGCCUGGUGGUGGUGCUGCAUUGGUUCAUCUCUCAACUUGUGUUCCUGCAAUUAAGGACAAGCUUGAAGAUGCUGAAGAGCGAUUGGGUGCUGACAUUGUGCAGAAGGCCUUAGUGGCACCGACUUCAUUGAUAGCACAAAAUGCUGGAAUUGAAGGCGAGGUAGUUGUGGAGAAGCUAAAAGUUAGUGACUGGGAGAUUGGUUACAAUGCCCUGUCAGACAAGUUUGAGAACUUGUUGGAAGCUGGAGUCAUUGACCCGGCCAAGGUGACAAGAUGUGCACUACAGAACGCAGCCUCAGUUGCUGGGAUGGUCCUGACCACUCAGGCCAUUGUUGUAGAAAAGCCCAAGCCUAAGGCUCCUGCAGCUGCUCCCCCUCAAGGUCUAACCAUAUAAUUGCUGGAAAAUGUUUAUGUUGGUUAGGAUUUUAGAGUAAAGAGUGGCAUCUCUGCAGCAAAACAAAAAAGAAAGUCUCCUGUUUUGAUAUGGAUUUUCAUUUUUGUAUGGAUUAAUCAUUAAAUAAUCAUGUAUUAUCAUAAACCGUGGCAUCAGGAAUAUAACCUGGCAGCAUAACACCUUAGGAAUUCCAAAAAGUUUUGCACAGUAAGAGGAAAAUGGAUGAGAGCCUGUGUGGACUAGGCAUCCUUAUCACUCUGUCAACAACAAUGUAGUUGUAACCUAUUCAGUCAUUUUGGUCUUGGGCCAAUGUGGGGCAGGACUGGUUUAGAAGCAAAAAAUGAUUUAGCAAAUGCAUUUAGAAGCUUCCCAGGACGGGUCAAGGAAGUUGAGGGUCAUUCCUACCUACCUUCUGGAGCCUGAUCAUGAGUCCCAAGACCAAGAGUGUGGACUCUGAAAAAAAUCAAUGUCAAUGUGAAGAUAAGAAUCAGCUGCUUUGAUAUUGAAAGCUGCCACCCAGCUCUUGAUGGUCCCUCAAAGAUUCCUUUUCAUACUGCUUUUAAGUUCUUCA